UCUUCCCCCCAAUACCCACCCAUUUGGGAAUGGGGGAAUUUUCUUUCUUUAGGCCAUGGGGGACUGAACCAGCUGGGUGGAGCCUUCGUGAAUGGCCGGCCUCUCCCUGAAGUGGUCCGUCAGCGCAUUGUGGACCUGGCCCAUCAGGGUGUGAGACCUUGUGACAUCUCUCGCCAACUCCGGGUCAGCCAUGGCUGUGUCAGCAAGAUACUGGGCAGGUACUACGAGACUGGGAGCAUCCGGCCUGGAGUGAUUGGAGGCUCGAAGCCAAAGGUGGCCACUCCUAAGGUGGUGGAGAAGAUUGGGGAUUACAAGAGGCAAAACCCAACCAUGUUUGCCUGGGAGAUUCGGGACAGGCUCCUGGCUGAAGGGGUCUGUGACAAUGACACUGUCCCCAGCGUCAGUUCAAUCAACAGGAUUAUCCGGACCAAAGUGCAGCAGCCAUUCAACCUCCCCAUGGACAGCUGUGUAGCUUCCAAAUCUCUGAGCCCAGGACACACCCUGAUCCCCAGCUCAGCUGUGACACCCCCAGAGUCUCCACAGUCAGAUUCACUAGGUUCAACCUACUCCAUCAAUGGGCUCUUGGGGAUUGCUCAGCCUGGAAACGACAGCAAGAGGAAAAUGGAUGACAGUGAUCAGGACAGCUGCCGGCUGAGUAUCGACUCCCAGAGCAGUGGGAGUGGCCCUCGGAAGCACCUAAGGACUGAGGCGUUCAGCCAGCAUCACUUGGAGUCACUGGACUGCCCAUUUGAGAGGCAGCACUAUACAGAGGCUUACCCAUCUCCCAGCCACACCAAAGGAGAGCAGGGUCUCUAUCCUCUGCCCCUGCUCAAUAGUGCCAUGGAUGAUGGGAAGGCCACACUGACCCCUUCCAAUACACCGCUUGGUCGCAACCUCUCAGCUCAUCAGACAUACCCUGUGGUGGCAGAUCCUCAUUCACCCUUCGCCAUAAAGCAGGAAACCCCUGAUGGGUCCAGUUCUAGCUCCACCCCUUCCUCUUUAUCUAGCUCGGCCUUUUUGGAUCUGCAGCAAGUCGGCUCCGGGGGCCCAGCUGGUGCCUCCGUCCCAUCCUUCAAUGCUUUUCCCCAUGCUGCCUCCGUGUAUGGGCAGUUCACGGGCCAGGCCCUUCUUGCAGGGCGGGAGAUGGUGGGACCCACGCUGCCCGGAUACCCACCUCACAUCCCCACCAGUGGCCAGGGCAGUUAUGCCUCUUCUGCCAUCGCUGGCAUGGUGGCAGGAAGCGACUACUCUGGAAAUGCCUAUGGUCAUUCCCCCUACUCCUCCUACAGCGAGGCCUGGCGCUUCCCCAACUCCAGCCUGCUGAGUUCCCCAUAUUAUUACAGUUCCACCUCAAGGGCGAACGCACCUCCCACCACUGCUUCGGCCUUUGACCACCUGUAGUUACCAUGGGGACAGCGGGAGCGACUGUACAGCAGGAGGACUCGGGCUGGGACAGGCCUCAGGAAGUCACACAAAGGAAUCUUUAUUUAUUACAUGAAAAAUAACCACAAGUCCAACAUUUCAACUCCCUGUGUGGUUAAUUUAAUGAAACGUGAAAGACACAAUGACCUUGGGGAAGGCCAAACUGUCCUCCAAGGCUCCUGGACAUGAGACAGGAGUCCUGGAGAAGGGGAACCAUCCCACUUUUUUUUUUAAAAAGAGACUGAUUUGGAGAAGAAAUUGACCUGUGGUGCUCUCCCGUUAAAGGAGAGACGAUGGGAAGGAGAAGGAAGGCGAGACGUUUUGGAAAGAUGGGUCCUUGGCAGGAGUGGGAUGGGAGGGAACUGAGUUCUGAUGGGGUCUGGAUUUGACUUCUCCUUGGCUUGGUACUCAAUAUGAUGCUAUCUUGGAAUACCGCCCAACGUGCCCCCCACCUUUCCCGGAUGCGAACCCUCCCAGUGAUUUCCCCAUCUCUCCCUCCUACUCCAUCUUUCCCAAAAGAGGGCCAUGGAGGAGAGACGUGCUAUUCAACUCAUCUUGUUGGGCUCCCCUUUUCCUGAUUUCAUAGGCAUGGACCGAGGGGCACUCUUGAUCGGUCCCUCGGUCUCAUCACUUGACCUUCAUUCCCUUGGCUGAAGUGAAAAUUCUUGGAAGAGCAUAAAGCAUUCCAUGAGAUAUUCUUCUAAUGGAUCCUCCCCUUGACAGCUGCCACCAGCCAGGUCUGACACAAGCCUCAUAAGGGCUGAGAAGGGAAUGGACCAGGAGCUCCUCUGGCAGUCCCCAAGCCCUUCUGGGGAUGAUGGGAGAAGCAAGUUCUCCUCUGGUCCAGCCUUGGGGAGACAGAAAUCAUUUGGGAUCCAUUUCUCUAAACUGAUUGAUCAUCCCUAGGUCAAGUGCUCCUUCCUUAACCCCAGCUUUCCAGGUGGGAGACAUCUCUCUGAGGUCUGGCCAGCUUCAGGAAGACUGGGAUCCUUCCUUAGGGGAAGAGAUGGGGUGGGUGGGUGGUGGUGGGGUCUCCUGUCCCAUUGGGCCUGUCUGUAAAUACUGUAAAUGAAACUCAGCCUGAGUUAGAUCCCUCUUUCCAUCCCCAGACUUUACCUCCUUAUGAAUUGUCUCCCUGCAGCAGCAGGACCUCCCUCCUUGAUGCUUCUGUAAACACACACACACACACACACACACACACACACACACACAACCCCCUGCCACCCACAUCAGUCAAUAAAACAUUC